CAUGGGUCAUGUGAAGUUAAAUAGGGAGUUAGGUACCAGAUUUGGUCUCGGUGCUCGGCUUCAUAUAUAGUUUAACUUUGAUGUAGCUACAUAGUUCUUCAUGGUUCUAUAAUUAAGACUUGCCUUUACCGAUUCUCAGCUAGUCUACACAGUAGUACAUCUUAAGGUAGUGUCAGAAUUCGAUUCCUCAGUUACUGCCAAGACACUUCACCAUUUCCAUUGUCCCGUCCUUUUCUUAGAAAGGCUUAUUCUGAGGGUUCAUUCAUUGGUUAUUCCUGAACACAUCUUUUUCCUACCCUGAACAAGAAAAGCAAAGAUGAGGCGACGUUGUUAAGCUGGUGCAGUAGGCAGUGCAGGGGCGAGUGCUAACUCGAGAAUCGGCUCCGCUCCGUUAAGCUGAGGCUCCUGAAAACGGACACGUCUUGGCUUUCUCAUCAUCAUCUCAGUCACUAGGAAAGUGUCUCCGCUCCUCAUCUCAGGGUUGUAACCACAGUCCCACACUGAAAAUAAGGAACUCAAGCCCAUCUCCAAAACAAGCUUCCAGCUACCUGCUGCGUCGCGUAGUCAACUGCACGAACCAGUAAGCUCCUGCCACGUCAUAGAUCCCGAUCCCAACGCCUGAGGUUACGCCCUCACGCACCGCUGACCCGGCGGUAAAAGACCUGCAUGGCGCCAAACUCUGGCGUCACUUCCGCUACCGCGAUGGCGGCACAGGGUGCAGCAGCGGCAGUUGCUGCAGCUACUUCGGGGGUCGUAGGGGAAGGCGAGCCCGGGCCCGGGGAGAAUGCAGAGGCCGAAGGGACUGCCCCAUCCCCGGGCCGCGUCUCGCCGCCGACUCCAGCGCGCGGCGAGCCAGAAGUCACAGUGGAGAUCGGGGAAACGUAUCUGUGCCGGCGUCCAGAUAGCACCUGGCAUUCUGCGGAAGUGAUCCAAUCAAGAGUAAAUGACCAGGAGGGCCGAGAGGAAUUCUAUGUACACUAUGUGGGCUUUAACAGGCGACUGGAUGAGUGGGUAGACAAGAACCGGCUGGCACUGACCAAAACAGUGAAGGAUGCUGUGCAGAAGAACUCAGAGAAGUACCUGAGUGAGCUGGCUGAGCAGCCUGAGCGCAAGAUCACUCGCAACCAGAAGCGCAAGCAUGAUGAGAUCAACCACGUGCAGAAGACCUAUGCAGAGAUGGACCCCACAACAGCAGCUUUGGAGAAGGAACAUGAGGCGAUCACCAAGGUGAAGUAUGUGGACAAGAUCCACAUUGGGAACUAUGAAAUUGAUGCCUGGUACUUCUCACCGUUCCCCGAGGACUAUGGGAAGCAGCCCAAGCUAUGGCUCUGCGAGUACUGCCUCAAGUACAUGAAGUACGAGAAGAGCUACCGCUUCCAUCUGGGUCAGUGUCAGUGGCGGCAGCCUCCAGGAAAGGAGAUAUAUCGCAAGAGCAACAUCUCUGUGUAUGAGGUAGAUGGCAAAGACCAUAAGAUUUACUGUCAGAACCUGUGUCUGCUGGCCAAGCUUUUCCUGGACCACAAGACAUUGUACUUCGACGUGGAGCCCUUCGUUUUUUACAUCUUGACUGAAGUAGACAGGCAAGGGGCCCAUAUCGUUGGCUACUUCUCCAAGGAGAAGGAGUCCCCAGAUGGAAACAAUGUGGCCUGCAUCUUAACUCUGCCCCCCUACCAGCGCCGUGGCUAUGGGAAGUUUCUCAUUGCUUUCAGCUAUGAGCUCUCAAAGCUGGAGAGCACAGUAGGCUCUCCAGAGAAACCACUGUCUGACCUGGGCAAACUCAGCUACCGCAGCUACUGGUCAUGGGUCCUGCUGGAGAUCCUUCGAGACUUCCGGGGUACACUGUCCAUUAAGGACCUGAGCCAGAUGACCAGCAUCACCCAGAAUGACAUCAUCAGUACCUUGCAGUCCCUCAACAUGGUCAAAUACUGGAAGGGCCAGCAUGUGAUCUGUGUCACACCCAAGCUUGUGGAGGAGCACCUCAAAAGCGCCCAGUAUAAGAAACCACCAAUCACAGUGGACUCUGUCUGCCUCAAAUGGGCUCCCCCCAAGCACAAGCAAGUCAAACUCUCCAAGAAGUGAACACCUGUGCCCUUGCUGCUGGACCCGUGCCUCUUUGCUCCUAGCCUGUAAAUAUGUACAGACCUGUUUUGUCAUUUUUUAAUAAAGUAAAUUCUUCAGUGGUUCUGGACUUUGGAGGUGGGAGGGAGAUGCCAAGA